AUGGCCGCGGUUCCCCAGCACGGCCACGGCUUCUCUAAGGCCAGUCUGCUGAGAGGAAACCCUGUGGAGUACGAUGUCAUCAUGACUAAGUCUGGCAAGUGCAAGCCGGAAGCCGUGCUGCGCGCGCUGGGUCUCAUGCACGGUGUCUCCCCCCGGCGCUGUGACCUGCCAAACGCCUCGGCCGGCCUGGGAGCGGCCGCCCCUUGGGUGCUGACAUCCCUUGGAGAAGAGGACAUGGAGGCCUGGGUAGGGGACCCACCCAACCCUGGUGGGCAGAGGGCCCGCGGGCCGGUGCAGGUGGGGACCCCAGCUUGGCUGUCUGCUCAGACCUUCCACUGUGGCCACGCGGGGACGCAGUCCCCGGCGCCUCGAGCUGCCUCCUCUGAGCCCCAGGGGCCUCUGCCGGGCCACCCCCUCUGGCCAGCUGCCGAGGACCGGGUGGCCACUGUCCUCCAGGGAGCCUUCCGGCGGCUCCUGGCCAGGAAGGAGCUGGGCCGGCGGGUGCACCGGGAUUACCUGGAGCAGCUGGAGCGGCUGCAGCGGGAGGUGGCCUCCCUGGACGCCGUGGUCAGUGUGCUGCAGUCAUGGGACCUGGGCCUCACCGACGCCAUGCUCUGGAGCAUGGAGGCCGAGCGGCAGCGCCGGGCCCAGGAGGCCGAGCAGCAGCAGGAGGCAGAGGCCAAGCGGUGUGGCUGGGGGAGGGGGGGGGACAGGAGCGCCUCUGACCGGCACCCCCACCCCAGCUUGAACCUCAAGGUGCAACAGCUAGCUAAGGCACAGCAGCAGCGGUAGACCCAGCUGCAGCAGGCCUACUGUGAGCUCAACCGGAGGAUCACGGAGCAGGACGAGUGUGAAGGAAUGUGCGCCAGCCAGGCUGAGCUCACCCUGCAGGCCAUCAAGGACGCAGAGGCCCAGGUGGACAAGCUAUGGCUGGAGGCCCAGAGAGCUGAGGAGACGCUGGCCAUGGCCAGGCUGGAGCUAUGGGAACAGACCCAGGAGGGUAGGGCAGGUCUGGCGGGCAGGGGUCCCGGGCCCAGGGAGGGGGACUGGGCAUUGGGUCCUCCCACUGGCUCCUCCCCUUAUGACCCCACAGAAGAGGAGGAGAUGCCUGGGCUGAAAUGCCAGGUCUCUGAGCUGCAUGACGUUCUGAUGAAGGACGUGGGUGACCGCAUCCACGCUGAUGGCCAGUGGCCCCUUGUCAUCGACCCUUCGGGCCAUGCAGCCAUCUUCCUGCGCUACCAGGACACCAACUACGUGGACGUGGUGAACCCCGCCCACCUGCAGCCUGAGAGGAUCUGGCUGACGCUGCUGGGGGCGCUCGGGUACGGGAAGCCGCUGGUGUUCGACCUGCACGAGCUGGACCUGUUCUCUGUGCAGCGGCAGCAGCUGGAGGCCGCGCGGCCAGGCCUGGCCCAGGAGCUGCGGAGCCAGGGGCUCCUGGAGCGGGAGCGCUACCUUUCGCUGCUGCAGCCCGCGGACGAGCAGCACAGCCCCACGCAGUUCUGGGCGGCGAGCCUGGGGCACUUCCACGUCUUCUUCGUCACCAAGGCCCGACGGCCGCCUGCUGAGCAGCUGCAGGUGCUGCUCCCUAUGAGGGUGCUGCUCCCCGGGGGGUCCUCUAGCGCCGGGCCCCAAUAAAGCUUGGGCCGCGGGACUGCAGGCCCCAGACGGCUCGUGUCCUGCUGCGUGCACGCA